UUAUGAUUGCUCAUAAAAAAAGAAUAACAUAUAUUGAAUUUAAUUUAUAAAAUUAUAUAUAGAAUUUAAUGUAUAAAAUUAUAUGUACUUCACUGAAGCUGUUUUCGUCGCGCAUGCGUGGAAAAGCGGGCUUAUCUGGGAUCACUGCUUCAGUAGUUCCUUCGUUUGUUGGUAACGUUGGUUGCGCAACUGUAAAGAUGCCGUUUUAUCAAUUUAAUUCGUUCACUGGUAGUUUAAAGCCGUCUACUAAUUUUCAACCAUUCUUUCCUAUUAAGACAGAACGAGUAAUGAUUUAUGAUACCGUCAAAACCAAACCAGCAGUUGUCACAUCUACAGCUGGUUAUUGCACUAACAAACCACGUACUUUGGAUCCAAAAAUGUGGGCAAAAUACAAGCAUUUCCAGGCUAAUUUGGACAAGCCAGUCUAUUUAAUGGGUGGCAAAAAGGAUAAGAUAUUGUUUGGGUUCACUGUUGCAUAUGUUGGACUUUGUACAAUGCAAUCAUUCUAUUUCUUGAUUAAAGAGGGUUACUUGGGAAGCUAAUAAGAACAUGUAUAGAUAAUAAGAUAGUCUUUUCUGGUAUAACAAUUAUGUAUAUUAACAGCACAAGUAAUGCUGGAACAAUGUAAUGAGUUACAUCAAAUUAAAAAUCUGUCUCAAUUAAUAACCUA